AUGAUGUUCAAGGGUGACUCGGCUGAGAUCCAGCAUGUCGAUUUCUCGCACUCCCAUCCCAGGAAGGCCAUCAAUGCCCAAUUGAUAUUCGCCUGUACAGUAUUCGGCGCGGCUUCAUUUUUAUUCGGCUUCGACGACAAGAUUAUUUCUCCGGUUGCUGCAUUGCCGGCAUUUGUCGAGAAGUUCCAAGGACCAAACCCGGUGUCUGGGAAGUACAUACUCACGGCACGCAAUCAAGAUCUCGUCUUCUCUCUUCCUUUGGUGGGUUCCGUGAUCGGAGGUUUGCUUGCUUCGCCAUUGAACUUCCACCUUGGUCGCAAAUGGCCGUUGAUUGCUGCAUAUAUCAUAUCCGUGGGUGGCGGAUUGCUUCAGGUUUUUGCGCCGAACCUAGGGGCCUUUAUAGGAGGUCGCUCGAUCAAUUCUGUUGCGCUGGGGAUUAUCAAUGCAACUGCCCCUUUGUACAUCGCCGAGGUUGUUCCCGCAUCUAUACGAGGGAGGUCUGUCAGUUCAACGAAUAUUUUGAACCUCACCGCUGGAGUGAUUGGCACGGUCGUGGUCUUCAAGACUGAGAAGAUCGACGGGAUCUUGUCAUAUCAGAUCCCGCUCGCCGUGCAAUGUGCUCUGCCAGUCAUUCUUCUCUUCUUGACAAUCCCUCUCCCAGAAAGUCCGCAAUGGCUUGUCGGAAAGGGCAAACUAGAGCGCGCUAGAGAUAGUCUUCGGAAACUGCGUGGAUUCAGCGACGAAGAGGUAGACGACGAGCUUCAUCUGAUGGAGCGAAGCGAACAGAACGAGCAUGAGAUUAACGCUCAGGUCAAAUUCUGGCACAUUUUCCAACAACAACACCUCAAGCGAACCAUAACUGCCGGAUCAUUCUUCUCCCUCAACCAAAUAUCAGGCAUCAUCCUUUCAACGACAUACGCAACCGUCUUUCUUCAAGAGAUAGGCAUCGGAAAUGCCUUCACACUCACCAUCAUCGCAUCCUGCUGCACAUUAGCUGGGACCAUUGCUGCCCCUUUCGUCAUCGACCGAGCCGGUCGCCGACCAACAGCGUUCGUCGGCAUGGGCAUCCUAUUCACAAUCGACGUCGCGGCCGGCAGCUUAGCAUUUUACAAAGGAAAUAAGCAAGCCAUCACGGCCAUCGCUGGGCUGUCCUUUGUAUUUAAUUUCUUCUGUGCAUCUUCUUUCUUCUCGUUGGCCAAUCUCAUGCCAUCCGAGAUGGCAACCCCCAAACUCCGCCACCACACCAUGUCCUACACUGUUGCCUGCGCUCAGACAACGGCCGUUAUCACCACGCUGGCUGUUCCACAGCUGACGUCGGCGGAUGCGGCUAAUCUCGGCGCGAAGACAUAUCUUGUCUUUGCGGGUUGUAUGGCUGCCAUUAUUGUCUUUUAUUACUUUUUGAUGCCAGAAACGCGGGGCAGGACUUUUGCUGAAAUCGAUGAAAUGUAUGCGGCUAAUAUUCCCAUGUGGAAAUGGAGAUCUUAUGAGACUUCGUUCCAGAUGAGGCCUCGGGGAUCGAAGGGGGUGGUCGGUAUAGAUAACUUAGAUGGAUUGAGGUCAUUGUAA